AUGAGUGAUCUGGCUCUACUCACCUCAUAUCUAGGAAUUGAAGUGGAACAAGCUAGACAUAUGAUCAGACUGAAACAAAAGAACUAUGUUCUACGGUUACUUGAACAGAGUGGAAUGCAAGAAUGUAAGUCUGUCUCCACACCACUAGAAGCACGAUUCAAGUGCAGUGAAGGAAGAAAGAGUCAAUUAGUUGACUCAAUAAAAUUCAAGAGCAUAAUCAAGAGCUUGAGGUACUUAAUUCAUACUCGGCUUGAGCUUGAGUUAUCUCAGUAG